GCAAAUCCGAGGAGUAUGUGCACAUCACGCCAUCAUCACUCACAUGCUGCUGAAUCCGGUAGUGAUCGGGAAGGUGGCCUUAAUUCAAACGGAUAAAUUGCAGUUACAGUGUCUUAUUUGCGUUAUUAGCCACUGGAUCAUCACCAUCAUCUCUUUGUAUCAUACGCUUACCGCAACCGGAAGAGAAUUAGCCUACACAUCUAGUCCAAUUUGAACUAUAAUCUUAUAUGUCUAAGUGCAGGGUGUUAAUUUAGUCGAAAUGGUGGCAGGUGAGUUACUUCAAGAGCAGCAUGUUCUGCCUGACAGGACACCUGAAGAAAUUAGAAACGAGGACAGCGCCUACAAGGAGCUUACCAAUGGAUCGGUCCACAUAACGCUGGAUCCACAGGUGCUGGAACUGGAGCUUCCACCUCCGGACGAAAAAGAUGAGAUGUUGCCCGGUGAACAGAAGAACGAAACGCUGGAGACGAAGCUCUACUGGACGCGGUUUGCCGUUAUCGCGGUGUUCAGCCUUUAUUCGCUCGUCAACGCCUUUCAGUGGAUCCAGUACAGCAUCAUCACCAACAUCUUCAUGGACUAUUAUAACGUAUCAAGCAGCGAUAUUGACUGGCUCUCUAUUGUCUAUAUGGUCGCGUAUGUACCUUUAAUCUUCCCCGCGACGUGGCUGUUGGAUAAGAGGGGUCUGAGGAUGACUGCGUUGUUGGGGGCCGGUCUGAAUGCCCUGGGCGCGUGGGUAAAGUGCGCCAGUGUGGGGCCCGGCCUUUUCUGGGUCACCAUGACCGCGCAGGUCAUAUGCUCUGUGGCUCAGGUGUUCAUCCUCGGUCUCCCCUCCAGAAUCGCCUCGGUUUGGUUCGGCCCGAGAGAAGUUUCCACGGCCUGUGCCACAGCGGUGUUGGGCAACCAGCUUGGUGUAGCCAUAGGUUUCCUGCUCCCACCUGUACUGGUUCCCAACACAGCUGGUGACAAAGACCUCAUGGGCCACAACAUCAGCAUAAUGUUCUAUGGAACAGCUGGAGUAUCAACUCUGUUAUUCCUUCUAACAAUAUUUGUCAUCAAGGACAGACCUCCACUCCCACCCAGCAAAGCACAAGCUGUUCUCUCCACCGGUCCAGCUGAAGACUAUUCAUACAAGAAAUCAAUCAUCAACCUCUUCAAGAACAAGCCCUUUGUUCUGCUCCUCAUCAGCUAUGGAAUCAUGACUGGAUCAUUUUACUCUGUAUCUACACUUCUCAAUCAAAUGAUGAUGGCUUAUUAUCUGGGUGAGGAGCUAAACACAGGGAGAAUCGGCUUAACUUUGGUGGUGGCUGGAAUGUUUGGCUCCAUACUGUGUGGAAUCUGGUUGGAUCGUACUAAAACCUAUAAAUUGACUACACUGAUCGUCUACAUCCUAUCCUUCGUUGGAAUGGUGGUGUUCACAUUCACGCUGAACUUGAACAAUCUGCUUGUUAUCUUUUUUACUGCUGGUGCCCUAGGUUUUUUUAUGACUGGUUACCUUCCCAUUGGCUUCGAAUUUGGUGUUGAAAUCACAUACCCUGAGUCGGAAGGCACGUCAUCUGGACUUCUGAAUGCAUUUGCACAGGUGUUUGGCAUCAUUUUUACUCUCAUCCAAGGGCACCUUACCGCAGACUAUAGCCCACUCAGUGGAAACAUUUUCUUGUGUGCUUGGAUCCUCCUUGGCAUCAUUCUAACAGCUCUGAUUAAAUCAGACCUCAAAAGACACAACGUCAAUGUGAGCAAUAUAAACAAAGGACAAGCAGUUCCCACUGAGCUGCAUUCUGAAAAAGUGUCCAGUAACGUCAAGUUAGAUUCUUCUAGCUUACCUCGUGAGACUUCAAUUUAAAGGGGUCACAUGAUGCUGCUAAAAAGAACAUUAUUUUGUGUAUUUGGUGUAAUGCAAUGUGUUUAUGCGGUUAAAAAAAACAUUAGUUUC